AUGCCAAAGCAGGUAGUGGCCGCUUUACAAGUGGGUACUCUGCCCGGUGGAACUCAGGCGACUUUAGAUCAUAUCUUAUCAUAUGCAGAUGAAAUUAAGAAAAACAAUGUUUCUUUGUUGGUAAUUCCCGAGGCCACUCUGGGAGGCUAUCCAAAGGGAUCAAACUUUGGCACUUAUCUAGGAUAUCGGUUGGAUUCUGGCCGGGAAGAGUAUGCUCGUUACCACGCACAGGCAAUUGGGAUAGGUGCUGGUGAAAAAUAUCCUGAAAUCAACAAGCUUUGCCAGCUCUCCAAAACCACCGGAGCUUUCAUAUGCUGUGGGUGCGUUGAGCGCGACGGCACCACGCUGUAUUGCACGAUUGCCUAUAUCGACCCAAAUGUAGGAUACGUGGGUAAACAUAGAAAACUCACACCUACGGCUACAGAAAGGCUUGUUUGGGGGCAGGGAGAUGGAUCCACCCUAAAUGUGUUUGACACGAAGGUUGGUAAAGUUGGUGGAGCCAUCUGCUGGGAGAACAUGAUGCCUUUGCUGAGACAAGCUAUGUACAGUAAGGGGGUAGAAGUGUGGGUUGCUCCUACUGUCGACCAGAGACCGAUCUGGCGUUCCGUAAUGCAAAAUUUAGCUUACGAAGGACGGUUGUUUGUCGUAAGUGCUGUCCAGUUAAUGACGAACGCCACUGAAAUGGGACUUGGAGUCGUGGCAGAUGAAAGCACUGGCCAAAGAAAACUACCAGGUCUGGAGCCCACUGACGACAACUGCAUCAACGGCGGUAGUAUGAUCGUAAACCCUUAUGGCGAGAUUAUCGCGGGGCCACUGAUUGGAGAGGAGGGCCUUUUGUGCGCGGAAAUAGACACGGACAUGAUUGUCAAAGCUCGCUACGACUUUGACCUCGCCGGCCACUAUUCGAGGGGUGAUGUGUUCCAGCUUCAAGUCAACGAGGUCAGUCAGGACGUCAAGUUUAGCAGCUAA